AUCUCACUUCUCGAACGUCUGUUCGUCCCAGAAAGGAUACCAUCUACCCAACGGGCGACGAAGGCUGUGUUUUGUGCUGCGUUCUACCUUGCUGGGCUAGGACUAAGGCUAGGACCGCGAGAGAGAAGGCCUGGGAACGAGGCUAAUAUCCGUUUAUUCCUCUGCCCCUCUCUCCCUGUGUAUAUAGGGCCACUCUCAGUCACUCAAGACCUUUUUACUGUGGGUCCUCCUCUCCCUGUACCAGAGUGGAGUCAUCAUGCUUUUCCUCGUGUUUGAGGGUAAGUUUGUCCACGUGGUGGUCAUCACCCUUACCGAUCCCCCAUCCUACAUGAGCUCCUCCUGGUGGCCCUCACCAUCCGCUCCUGGCACGGCCUCAUGCUCCUCGCCGAGCUACUCUC